AGGCCGAACAAGAUGAACCAGUAAGCUGUAGCGAAAAUUUUGGAUGCUCGCUCCACUUGAGCUGCGUUUUUUUCCAUCAAUCCCAGAAAGAAAAAGAGCGCUACUUCGAUUUCGUCUAGCUUUGCUCUUCUGUUUUAAUCUUGUAUGACUUUAGAUUGCGUUUCUUGAAGCUUAGGUCGUGUAGUGUUUUUUUUUUUUGUUCUGGCACAGGAGGUGUUCGACGAAAUUCCUCACUGGGAAUGAGUAGUUUUUCUCCUAACAAAACUUUGUAUUGCGAUUCAGGAAUGGACGUUGCUCACUGUACUCUAGACGGCAAUGCCGACGCAGUGGAAUUUUGCCCGCACAGUUCAUUUAGUAAUGUUCUUGCGGCUUCCACUUAUACACUACUAGAGGGUGAUCAGCCCAGUCGAUCUGGAAGCCUAUCAAUCUUCAAUGUCAAUGCGGAUAAUUGCUCUUUGGAGCUGCUUCAUCGCGUGGACACGGCUGGGAUCUUUGAUAUAAAGUGGAGCCCUGUUGGUCCAACCGCUAGUCCUCUGCUUGCUCAAGCGGAUGCUGAUGGUUGUAUCAGAGUUCAUGCCCUCGAGCACUCUUCAAAUGGUGCAGAAGGACAAUAUUUAAAAGAGAGAUGUGGCAGCAAAAUCUCUUCCUCUAUGUGUCUUUGCCUGGACUGGAACCCUUCGGCCACGUCCAUCUCUGUGGGGCAUUCAGAUGGUUCCAUCUCAAUACUCUCUGCAGGAGAGUCCCAUUUGGAAGUCCAAAACCAAUGGGAAGCUCACGAAUUUGAGCUCUGGGCAACAUCUUUUGACACUCACCAACCUCAUUUAGUAUAUACUGGCUCAGAUGACUGCAAAUUCAGCUGUUGGGAUUUGCGAGACACUCCCACCAAAGCAUUUCACAACACCAAAGCUCACAAAAUGGGUGUUUGUUGCAUCGCCAAAUGCCCCAAUGACCCUUACAAACUGCUCACUGGCAGCUACGACGAGCACCUGAGAGUAUGGGACAUAAGAUCAAUCUCAAAGCCCACAAAUGAAACUUCAAUUUGCUUGGGCGGCGGCGUUUGGAGAAUCAAGCCCCACCCUUCAGUUUUUGACGUUGUUCUGGCGGCUUGUAUGCACAAUGGAUUUGCAAUUGUUAGAGUCAAAGACGAUGAUACUGCAGAAGUGGUUGAAACUUAUGACAAGCACAGCUCUCUUGCUUACGGAGCUGACUGGCAAAGAGGAGAUUCGUCUCAUGAAGACAAAAGGAAAAGGUACGCUGUUGCAACUUGUUCGUUUUAUGAUCGGCUUCUCCGGAUAUGGAUUCCAGAAACUGACAUAUGAGGUCACUCAUGUUACUUGAUGAUGCUUUAUGGCACGUGUUUAAUUCUUACGGGACUCAUGUUGGUUUCCUUGAUAGUUAAAAUCUUAUUGUGAUCAAUAUUGAAGAAUUCUUCCAAUAAUCUUGCAAGUACUUUUAAUAUGUUUACGAGCGAUUUUAUAUCUCGUACACGUUUCUGGUGUAGAAGUUAGACAUUGUUCUUUUCCCCUUUA